AUGAAAACAGAAUAUUCUCUAUUAAGGGAAGAAGGCGGUCAAACAAUAAACAAUAUCGAUGGAAUUGCAAGGGCUUUUGUGGAGUUUUAUACAAAAUUGUUGGGGACGAAAAAAGAUAGCAGGAAACAUGUAUGCAGCAACAUAAUUAGAGCAGGACCUAUUGUGAAUAAAGAACAGAGGAUAAUGUUUGAAGCUGAUUUCACAAGUGUAGAGGUAAAGCAAGCUCCGUGGGGCAUUGAUGGAGAAAAAGCACAAGGGCCAGAUAGAUAUGGGAACAGUUUCUUCAAAGACUACUGGAACACUGUAGGGAAAAAUCUAACGGCGGGAGUAUUAGAAUUCUUUGUUACAGGGAAGAUGUUGAAGGCACUGAAUAACAAAGUGACAACAGUCAUUCCAAAAACAAAAUAUGCAGACAAAGUGGGAGAUUAUCGUCCAAUUGCGUGCUGCAACACAGUGUAUAAAGUGAUAUAA